ACCGGAGUGCGUAGUUGUUGGCAGAUCCAAAGAGACGCCAGUAGCUUUAGCUGAGGGACAUUGAAUGACUUUGUACCCGUGUGUUGGGAACGUUCAGAAAGUUGUCUUUUUGACAGGUCGGGAUUCGUAUCGGAGCUAAUGGAGGCGCUCAUACCUGUCAUAAACAAACUGCAGGAUGUUUUCAACACAGUCGGCGCAGAUAUUAUCCAACUGCCGCAGAUAGUUGUUGUGGGGACCCAGAGCAGUGGGAAGAGUUCUGUUUUAGAGAGCCUGGUUGGCAGAGACAUCUUGCCACGUGGCACUGGCAUCGUCACACGUCGACCCCUCAUCCUACAGCUCGUACACAUCGACCCAGACGACAGCAGAAAAGCCAACGAAGAGAACGAAUCCAAGAGAAAUGGGCGCCUUUACAGAGGCAUCGAUGGAGAGGAAUGGGGCAAAUUCCUACACACCAAAAACAAGAUAUACACAGACUUUGAGGAGAUCAGGCAAGAAAUUGAAACAGAAACGGAAAGAAUUUCUGGCAAUAACAAGGGUAUUAGUGAUGAACCCAUUCACCUGAAAAUCUUCUCCCCACAUGUUGUGAACCUCACAUUAGUGGACCUUCCUGGCAUUACAAAGGUACCAGUGGGAGACCAGCCCAAAGACAUAGAGAUCCAGAUCAGAGAACAGAUUCUGAAGUACAUCUCCAAUCCCAACUCCAUCAUCCUGGCUGUGACUGCUGCCAACACAGAUAUGGCAACCUCAGAGGCGCUCAAGGUGGCGCGUGAGGUUGACCUUGAUGGCAGGAGGACACUAGCAGUGGUGACCAAGCUGGAUCUGAUGGAUGCUGGCACAGAUGCCAUGGAUGUCUUGAUGGGCAGAGUCAUUCCUGUCAAGCUGGGCAUUAUUGGAGUAGUUAACAGGAGUCAGUUGGAUAUCAAUCAAAAGAAAUCAGUAGCAGAUUCUAUCCGUGAUGAGUAUGCCUUCCUACAAAAGAGGUACCCCUCCCUCGCUAACAGAAAUGGAACCAAAUAUCUGGCUAGAACACUGAACAGGUUACUGAUGCACCACAUCAGAGACUGUCUUCCCGAGCUGAAGACGAGGAUCAAUGUGCUGGCAGCGCAGUACCAGUCUUUGCUCAACAGCUAUGGUGAACCUGUCGAUGACAAGAGCGCCACGUUGCUGCAGCUCAUCACCAAGUUUGCAGCAGAGUACUGCAACACCAUAGAGGGCACGGCCAAGUACAUUGAGACAGCUGAACUAUGUGGCGGAGCAAGAAUCUGUUAUAUAUUCCAUGAAACGUUUGGUCGCACCUUAGAAUCAGUCGACCCUCUGGGUGGCCUGACAACCAUUGAUGUGCUCACAGCGAUCAGAAAUGCAACGGGCCCGAGGCCUGCUUUAUUUGUGCCUGAGGUUUCAUUUGAGUUGCUGGUGAAGCGGCAGAUCAAACGUCUGGAGGAGCCCAGUCUGCGCUGUGUGGAGCUGGUUCAUGAGGAGAUGCAAAGGAUCAUCCAACACUGCAGUAACUAUAGCACACAGGAGUUGUUGAGGUUUCCAAAGCUCCACGAUGCCAUAGUCGAAGUUGUCACCUCCCUUCUCAGAAAAAGACUCCCGGUCACAAAUGAAAUGGUUCAUAAUCUGGUUGCCAUUGAGCUGGCCUACAUCAACACCAAACACCCCGACUUUGCUGAUGCCUGUGGCCUCAUGAACAACAAUAUAGAAGAGCAAAGACGCAAUAGAAUGAGAGACCUGCCCUCUGCUGUUCCCAGAGACAAGUCCCUUAAAGGCCCAGGUGGCCAGUCUCUCUCGCCCACUGAGCCUCCUGCCUUUGAGGGCGAGGUCCCCAAGGCAGCAGCCAGCGGCUCUCAGAGCGUUCCUGUCGGCGAACAGGUAGACAACACAACGGGCAGCUGGAGAGGCAUGUUGAGGAGGGGAGAAGAAAAUGUAGCUGGUGACAGAGCCAUGCUGCAGGCCCCUGCAAGCCCUCAGAAGGGCCACGCUGUCAACCUGUUGGAUGUGCCUGUUCCAGUGUCCAGGAAGUUGUCUGCCAGGGAGCAGAGGGACUGUGAGGUCAUUGAGAGACUCAUCAAGUCAUAUUUCCUUAUUGUUCGAAAAAAUAUCCAAGACAGUGUACCGAAAGCGGUGAUGCAUUUCCUGGUGAACCACGUGAAGGACUCCCUGCAGAGUGAACUGGUGGGUCAGUUAUACAAGACAGUUCUGCUGAAUGACCUGCUGACAGAGUCCGAGGACAUGGCUCAGAGACGCAACGAAGCUGCUGACAUGCUCAAGGCGCUGCAGAAAGCCAGCCAAGUGAUAGCAGAGAUCAGAGAAACCCACCUGUGGUGAGGGUGGUCUCUCUUCAGUUCUCCUCGUCCCUCUUGGAUUGUCAUCCUCUUGAACCAUCCAACCCCCAAGCCCCCCCCAAGCC